AGUCGCACGGCGUUUUUGCCGCAUCCUCAGCCGCUGUUGCCGGUGAGGGGAGGGGAGGUGAGAGAAGGGAAGGGGCGUCUGCGGGCUGGCCGGACCUGGCCGGCGGUGCUAGGGAAGGAGGCGGGACCGGGGUCCCGGGCCGGCUCAGCGGGAGCCCAGAGAGAAGCCAGCGGCCUCAGCACUUUGCCUUCCCCCAGCUCGGGCCGAGCAGCCGCGGGAAGCCGCCCCGCGCCCCCCGAGACCGAGACCCGGGCCCCGCCACAGCCCGGCCGGCCGGGCCAAUGCUCGACUUGGAGGUGGUGCCCGAGCGAUCGCUGGGCAAUGAGCAAUGGGAGCUCACGCUGGGGAUGCCAUUGGCUCAGGCUGUAGCAAUUCUUCAGAAAUAUUGUCGUAUCAUUAAAAACGUCCAGGUUCUCUACAGUGAACAGGCCCCUCUUAGUCAUGACCUCAUCCUUAACCUGACUCAGGAUGGAAUCAAACUGUUGUUUGAUGCUUUUAAUCAGCGGCUAAAGGUAAUUGAAGUUUAUGACUUGACUAAAGUGAAGUUAAAAUAUUGUGGUGUCCAUUUUAACUCUCAGGCAAUAGCUCCAACCAUUGAACAGAUUGAUCAGUCCUUUGGAGCAACCCAUCCAGGAGUGUACAACUCGGCUGAACAACUUUUCCACCUCAACUUUAGAGGAUUAUCAUUCUCUUUUCAGUUAGACUCAUGGACCGAGGCUCCAAAAUAUGAGCCUAAUUUUGCCCAUGGCCUGGCUUCUCUUCAGAUUCCCCAUGGAGCAACUGUGAAACGCAUGUAUAUCUAUAAUGGAAAUAGCUUGCAGGAUACCAGGGCCCCAGGUAUGCCCCUCAGCUGCUUCCAGGGAAAUGUAUAUGCAGAAAGUGUGGAUGUUUUGAGAGAUGGAACUGGACCCUCAGGUUUACGACUCCGCCUCCUUGCUGCAGGUUGUGGCCCAGGAGUAUUAGCGGAUGCCAAGAUGCGAGUGUUUGAACGUUCAGUGUACUUUGGAGAUUCAUGCCAAGAUGUUCUAAGUACAUUGGGCUCUCCACACAAGGUUUUUUAUAAGUCAGAGGACAAGAUGAAGAUUCAUUCUCCUUCUCCUCAUAAACAAGUUCCAUCAAAGUGUAAUGACUACUUCUUCAACUAUUUCACACUUGGGGUGGAUAUUCUCUUUGAUGCAAAUACACACAAAGUGAAGAAAUUUGUCCUUCAUACCAAUUACCCUGGGCAUUAUAACUUCAACAUCUAUCACCGUUGUGAGUUCAAGAUUCCUCUCACCAUCAAGAGAGAAAGUGCUGAUUGCCAGACUGAGACCUGCACAACCUAUAGCAAGUGGGAUAAUAUCCAGGACCUCCUUGGGCAUCCUGUGGAGAAGCCUGUAGUGCUUCACAGGUCAUCUUCACCAAAUAACACAAACCCAUUUGGGUCAACGUUUUGUUUUGGACUACAAAGAAUGAUCUUUGAGGUCAUGCAGAACAACCACAUAGCGUCAGUGACCCUGUAUGGCCCGCCUAAGCCCAGCGCACACAUGAGGACAGCGGAGCUCCCAUGAAGGACACCUCCUCCUCAGCUCUCCCCAGGCCUGACCGUACAGCGUGCCUUGACUUGCUGCCCCUUGUGGAGAAGGGAACACUGAGGGGGUUUUUCUUUCUUUUGACCCUCCUAGUGGCAGCGCAGAGCGGGUAGCCCCCAACUCUUCCCUGCAACGUGGAAGCCGUGGUAAAGGAACUGAAGCUAGUGGUAGGAGGACUUGGCCCAAUCAGCCCAGCCUCCAGGGGCUGAUUUCUUCUUCUUCCCUGGCAGGAAGGUGAUAGGGUGGGGUGGGCAGGGGGGCACAACUGCUGAGGGCACAAAGUGACUGCAAAGAUUUAGAAGCACAAACUCUGAACUCUGAAGCAUCUGGACACAGGUAUCAAUUAGUCUGUGCGUUUGUGUUGCCGUGUUGAUGUAGUAGUCACAUUUAAGAAAGCAAAGUUAUAUCUACUUAUACAUAAAAUCCUAUAUCUACAUAGAGAGAACAUACACGGUCAUCCUGGGGCCCCAGGGGACAAAUGUGCAUAUAUGUCCUGACCUGUGGCACCGUGUGAAUCUCUGUGUAACUUUCAAACUACAAGCAAGUCGCAUGUGCGUAUUACUUGAUUGUGACAUUUGCACUACAUCCACUUUAAUGACUUGAUAACUAACUGCAUUAACCUUGAAGAGGUUCUUCUGUGGCCUGAACUGGCUGGUGGCCAGGUUAGGAUUCCACUUAGAUGCGCUUUAAAACUUAGAUAGAAACACAUCUUGAAGAGCAAGUGAUCCCAUUCUGUUUCCAUUCCUCCCUUCCCAUGAAACUAUCAUUGCCAGAAUGGUCCAUCUUUUCCGUUGUUUUCCUUUUCUCUUUCAGUGUAAGCCAACCCUGGCCCAGGACAGAGUCUCCUCAAUGGUUCUAGGACCACUUAGGACCCCAGAGCUUGAGCCCCUGCUGUCAAGGAGGGGAAAGCAGAGGAAUGAGGAGCUGCCCUCUCCUGGCAUGUUUUCAUCCCUCCAUUCCCUCUGCAUUUUUUAUUUCACGCCAAAGUUUUCGCCAAAGACAUCCUUUCCCUCUGUUACAUUUCAGCAUUCUGUACAGUUUGUUCCCCCUAAGCCCGUCUGAAAAGGCCUCUAACCCGAAGACACUGACAUACUCUUCCAGCUGGCCCGGGGAGUUGGAACCCCCUAUACAGGUCUCUUUGGGGAAAGUAGAGUCUCUAAAAAUAAUUAACCCUUUUUAGGAGAGAGGAAAAAAAAACAAAUUGACAAGAAAUGUAUAAUUUUAUCCCAUUUUUAAUAUUUUGAUGUAGCAACUUGUGAUACAUAGACAACAAUUUUGUGAGGUUUUUCAAAUGUGUGUACAGAUUUUUGUAAAUAAGACAUUUUUUGUAACUUUAACUCAUGUACAGUAUAAUCCUAAAUAGUUUACUGAUGAAUGAGAUAGUAGACUGGAACCUAAUGUUUUUGGAUCCAGGAGCAGGGGAAAAGUGUGCAUGUGCGUGCGUGUGUGUGUGCGUGUGUGAGUGUGUGCUUAUGGGAUUCCUGUUACUUUGUCAUCUUCCUAUGGGCUGUGACAUUCUAGACUGUCUGACUGAAACCACAAUUGGGAAUCUACCUGCCAAGGGCCAAGGAAAUAAAGGACUAUUAGGAGCUACCUCUCUUGAAGGUGACCCCUUGCCUGAUUCCCUGCCUGCUGGCUCUCCCUGCUAUCCCUCCUCGCCUUUAAUCGCCUUGGUUCUGUAGCCCUUGUACAUUCCCCAGAGAUAUGUGUGUCCUGAAAGGCUAAUAAAGCGGGGCUCUCCCUUGGGCACUGGCUGGUGCACAGCACAGUGACUAGGUAUCAUUGCUUCUUGGUCAUGUCCUUUUGGUGCUUUCUGGGAAUGGAACCACAGAGGUCCCCUGGGAGCCUUUGACAUGGGAGGUCAGAUUCUUGUACCUGCCAGAAACUUAGCUCAGUUGGGAGUCUGGCUACCUCUCCCUGUGGCCAUAGCAUUUGAACCAGUGUCUUCGGGUGCAUAAAGGUCAGGGAAUACCCAAGAUGGGUAUUCCCUUCCUGUCAAUGUGGAAGGGCCCAGAAAUGUGAUGCUGCUUUUUCAAGGGUCUUUCCUUGUCUCUUAGCUGUGAAAUGUUCCUGUGCUCCACCGUCAUUACUUUAUCACCAGGUGGGAAAUAGUUAUGUUCCUCAAGCUUCCAGCAAGCCUAGCUGCUUGCUGUGGGGGAACUUGUCUGUUCUCAGCUUCUCACACCAUAGAUUAUGUCAGACUUCAAAUCAGCCCACCCACCUCCCAGCUUCUUGGCUCCUAUAAAGGACUGAACUAGGCCAGCUUCUUCCUUCCAAACUAGACCUUACCCCAGUCACAGUUAUUGUUGCCAAGCUCUCGUCCUGGAGCCCAGAUCACCAGUGGCUUUUCAUAGUGAGUAGAACUCACCCAAAGUUGACCCUGUACCCACCUCUUUGUCCUGUUCCAAGUAUCCACACUCUUAAGUCUA